AUGUUUCUCAAUGCCAAAAUUGAUGUAGGCACAAUUGAUGAACGAACAUUAGCGCUCGCGGCCGAGGAUGGGCACGUGGGGAUUUUCAAGUUCCCACCGGACAAAGGAAUAGAUACAUAUACCAGAAGGGCGGUGAGGCUUUAGUUAAGGCAGCAGGGAAGGGCCAUGUGGACAUUGUGGAAAUGCCGCUUGAUGGAGGAACAGAUGCGCGCCCUAAAGGUGGGGGUUGGCAUUGAUCAGGACAGCAGCAGGCAGCAGGCAGCAGGUGGCAACCCGACCAAAUCGUGA